CCCUAGUUCAGGCUCAGGCAGAACCUAGAUGGAGAAUCUAACGUCACAGUUUCAGUUCAUCCACUUCGCGACAUUACAACAGCGUCCGCCAUGGAAACCCAACAAAACCUUUUCCUUCUCCUCCUCCAAAACCCUAAACCCCGAUAUCCUCCGCUGCAUUCCGCCGUCAUCCGCCGCCGAGGCGACGUCUCCGGCGAAGCAUACGACGAUGCUAGUGGAGAGCUACCAUGAGCACCGGUAUCUCAGCUCCUUGCUCCGGCGACUCUGCCGCCGUGGGUCGUGCCCUCUCCGGCUGCUUCAGGAGGAUGGAGAUUGGUCCAAAGACCAUUUCUGGGCAAUCGUCCGUUUUCUCCAUCACUCCUCCAGAUUCCAUGAAAUUCUUCCUGUUUUCGAUGCGUGGAAAGAUAUUGAAAGAUCCCGGAUAAGCGAAUCCAAUUACGAGAGGAUUAUAUGUUUGUUGUGUAAGGAAAGUAUGAUGGACGAAGCCAUUCGGGCGGUCCGCGAUAUGAACGAUUACGGGGUCAGCCCAUCGUUGAAAACCUACAACUCGAUCAUUCGUGGUUUCGCAUACGAUGGCAAGUUUGAGGAUGCGAUGUUUUACAUGAACCAGAUGAGAGAAAAUGGUCUGUUACCUGUUACCGAGACAUAUGAUGGACUGAUUGAAGCGUACGGGAAAUACAAUAUGUACGAUGAAAUCGUUACGUGUCUGAAGAAAAUGGAAUCCGACGGUUGUUUUCCUGACCAGGUCACUUACAAUUUGCUCGUACGGGAGUUUUCUCGGGGAGGGUUGCUAAAGAGGAUGGAGAGAAUAUAUCGAGUCUUGAUGUCGAGGAGGAUGACUGUAGAGCCUUCCACUUUGAUCGCAAUGCUCGAUGCUUAUGCAGAGUUUCGGGUGUUACGGAAGAUGGAGGAUGUAUAUAGAAAGAUAUAUAUGUUUGGGAUUUCGCUCGACGAGGAUUUGGUUAGGAAAUUAGCGAAUAUUUACAUUGAUAACCUCAUGUUCUCGAGGCUCGAGGAUUUAGGACACGGUCUAUCUUCUAGAACGUGUUGGACCGACCUUGGAUGGUGUCUCCGGCUACUUAGCCAUGCAUGUCUUGUGAGUCAGAAAGGGUUAGAUUCCAUUAUGCGAGAUAUGGAAGAAGCUAAUGUUCGUUGGAACACGAAUUUCGCCAACAUUGUCCUGCUUGCAUACUCGAAGAUCGGUAAUUUCAAGCUCGUAAAGUCGUUUCUUUCGGAGAUACGGACACGGAAUGUGAAGCCGGAUCUGGUCACCAUAGGGAUUAUCUUCGAUUUGACCCUGGAAGGGUUUGAUGGUACUGGAGUUUUCAUGACUUGGAAAGAAAUGGGGUUUCUCGAUAGGCCGGCGGAAAUGAACACCGACCCAUUGGUUCUCGCUGCAUUCGGGAAGGGGGAGUUUCUCGGGAGCUGCGAGGAGGUGUUUCGAUGCUUCGAUCCCGCGGCAAAGGAAUCGAAGUCGUGGACUUACCAGUACAUAAUGGAAGUUGUGGUUAAGCAUCGGAAAACUUGGGCAAAAAAUGUUACCUCAUUGUAGCGUUUUUCCAACUAUAACGCCCCUUGAUUCGCCUUGACAUGAAGAGGAUAUCCGCCUAACUGAAGAAGUGGAACUGGUCUGGUCUGAGGACUGAUGAUGCUGUCUUAUGAAUCAGAUUCAUCUAUUUGUGGCCCAGCCUGCUUCAGAGAUAGAAUUUCGUUGAUUGAAACUGCAACCGUAGCUUUUAAUGGACUAAAGGGCAACCAUCUUUAGUUCAAAUCAUCCUACGAAAAAGCGAAAUCGCAACCUUGUCCCAAAAAAUGUAUGUCCUAUUCCUGAUAUUUCAAACUAUUGCAGUUGGUUCUGGCUUAUCUCCAUAGACACUUGGAGGCCUAUUGUAUUUCAUAUGCUAUUCUUUGCUAAAGGGCUAGAACUCAAAGGAAUGUGAAUAUGGUAUUUGUACCUCGAUAAAGAUUUGAUGUUGCAGUGCUCCUGAGUAGAAGGUUGAGGCCGAUACUCCCUAUCGUCGCAGGGGAGAUGAUCAAACUGUACGAGAAAC